AUGAAUUAAGAGAAAGAUUGCUCUUAUAUGUAACAGGUUAAAUUUGAUUUGCGUCGCCGAAGGAUACACAAUGGACACUCAGGGUUUGAUUGUGAAGUACAGAAACGCAGAAAUUCUUUCUCUCUGAGUUCUGAUGCUUGUAAGAGUCCUCAAAGGAAGGCGACAAAAUACUUCGAAAAUCAAAAUCCAGGAUAGAAUGCGUAUUUCUGGAGUUUGAUAAAGUCAAAGCGCAACGAGAAUGAAUAGUUUAUUCAAUAGCUUAAGUCUAUGGAUCCAAUAUAAGUGAAUGAAGUCGAGCCAAGAUUGUAAUUUUUACUAAGAAGCUUUGGUUAUGAGGAUGAGAAGUCUAUGUUCGAGAUUGUAGAGAAUGUGCAAUAGAAUUAGAGAUGCCAACAAUGGACAUAGGAGGAAUCUCGCAUCUUGAUUUGGGCGAUUUGUAAAUUGGGAGUGUAACAUAAUUCAUGGAAGGAGUUAGGCAAUCUAUUGAAUCGUUCAGUUAAAGAAUUGAAAACGCAUUGGACUGAAUUGAUCCAUCAUACACAAAGAGGAUUGUUGUGGACAACCCAGGAAGAUUAGACAUUAUAAAACAUGAUAAUGACCUACUUGAAUAAUUCAUAGACCAUCAAUUGGAAGUGUAUGGCCAAUGUUCUCAAUAAGUCUGAUAAGCAAUGUUAAGAUCGUUGGUACAAUACGCUUGAUCCUUCGAUAUCAAAGGAGGCUUUUAAAAUUGAGGAUGAUUUAUAAUUGUUAUAGUUGGUGUAGAAGUAUGGUAAGAGGUGGAGGCGAGUGCAGAGGGAGUGGUCAUUGAAUAGAAAGAGGUCUCGUUAUGACUUGAAGAAGAGGUUCUACGAAUUAUUAAAUUAACCAGAUUCAGGUUAUGAUAGUGAUACAUCUUCAAAUUCUUCUUCGAAAUAUAGGAAAUUGAAUUAAGAUGAUAUGGAUAAAAUAUAGAAAUUGAUUUCGGAGAUGCAAAUUAGUGAGGGAAUGCAAUUAGAAAAUAAAUUAGGCAAGGACAAUUUACUCAAGAACAAAUUGUUGAGUAUUGCCAAGUGUGACCUUGAUAAGAUGUUGAAUCAAUAGAGAAAAAUUAAAAUACAAUCUGCAAGCACACCGACAGAUGAAAAGAAGUAUGACAUUCAAGUGGAACCGGAUGAAGUCAUCAUGAACACUCCUUCUAUAAUGAACUCACUAUCGAGAUGUCUAUUGAAGAUCAACUUAGAAACUGAGGAUGAUCAAUUGUCUUUUGAUAAAUUGGCAGUGCCAAAGGUUUAAUAUAAUGUAGAUUCAGUUGAACAUCUGAAACAUGAAGAUAUUUUUGAUAUCUAAUUUGCAUUAGUUAAUGAUAAAACAAAUACUUUAUAUUAUGCUAAUUUAGAAUUCAUGCAACAACUGAUCAAUCUGAUUACCAAUCAAAGGAAAUUGAUGCAACUGACUGAUAUGAACAAACAACCAUAGAAAACCAAGAAGAAAUUCAGUUCUUAACAAUUGAUUCAAGUGUACCCCAACAAAGUCGGGUUGUCACAAUUUAGUUAGGAUGAUGCUAAUAAACAAUGA